GCCUAAUUCCUUCUGUCAUAGCCCUGCAGAGAAUUAGCCCCUGCAUCGGACUACGUGCGCAGCCUGCAGAGCAUCGCCCCGCCAGCCCAUCUCCAGCCAGGGCAGAGUGUCUCUCCUUGCCACAAGCAGGAAUUGUGUACAUAAACUCUAUAUGCAUCCAGUGCUGAGAGUAGAGGCAGGAGGAGGAGCUCUGAUUAGCUGCAUCGGUGCAGAGAGAGAGAGAGGGAUGAGGGAGAAGCAGGAGAGGGGAGGGAGAGGGAUGAGUGGAGUGUUACCCUUGAUAACUGCAGAGCUGUCCCACCACAGCAUAUUACAGACCAUUAUCUUUCUCUUUCAUUCAUCUUCCAGGUCCCAUGAAGGCAUCUCUCCAGGGGUGGCCUCAUCCCUGUCAUCCUUCCCCUGUAGCUAAACACCUCUCCGCUCUCCCUAACCCACGCACCAUCCUGGCACUCCACAUAUCCUUCAGGACGGCACACUUUUUUGUCUCUCCUUCGUCCCAUCCCCCUCACAUCUCCUCCACUGUCUCUCUCCAUCCCCCUCUGUCUCACUCUCUCCUUACCUCUCAGCUCCGCGCUCACCCUUCUCUUCAUCAUCUCCACUGUGGUCCUUCUUCCAAAUCACCCUCUCCAAUCACUUUUCUCCUGUACUCUCCCUUCUGCCCUCCUUCUCCUCUGCUUCUUUAAACUCUUUCGCUCUCUUUUCUGCCCCAGACCCCCUCUCAGAACCCAUUGGAACCAUCAGGCCCUCUUCCUCUUCUCCAUUUAAUUUCCCACUUCCCCCUAUUGCAUCUAACCUCAAUAUGCAAGUUUCUUUUGCUUGCACGGAGCAGACGUUAAGAAGUAGGACCAGCGAGGACCGCCUUUGCCCCAAUCGCUCUUCUGGUGGGCAAAAUGGAGGGAGUGGGGGGCAGAUCAAACAGCGUACACCCCCCUUGGGGGCUAAAAACCCUAACCAGGUGCUCCCACAUCUCUCGCACAUCUUGCGUGAGUCCACGGGCAAAGCCACGGGCAUGAAAUACAGGAACCUGGGAAAGUCAGGAUUACGUGUUUCCUGCCUUGGACUGGGCACCUGGGUGACGUUUGGAUCUCAGAUCACAGAUGAGGUGGCAGAGAAUCUCAUGACUAUGGCCUAUCAACACGGGGUCAACCUUUUUGACACUGCGGAGGUGUAUGCGGCGGGCAGGGCAGAAAAGACUCUGGGAAAUAUCCUGAAGAAGAAAGAAUGGAGACGUUCCAGUUAUGUGGUGACAACUAAAAUCUACUGGGGAGGACAGGCAGAGACUGAGAGGGGUCUGUCUCGGAAGCACAUUAUUGAGGGUCUCCGGGGGUCUCUGGAACGGCUGCAGCUAGAAUACGUCGAUAUUGUAUUUGCAAAUCGCAUGGAUGCCAACAGCCCGAUGGAAGAAAUUGUGAGGGCCAUGACGUUUGUGAUUAACCAGGGUAUGGCAAUGUAUUGGGGCACUUCCCGCUGGAGCGCAAUGGAAAUCAUGGAAGCCUAUUCUGUGGCUCGCCAGUUCAACCUCAUCCCUCCGGUGUGCGAGCAAGCAGAGUACCACCUCUUUCAGCGAGAGAAGGUGGAGACGCAACUGCCGGAGCUGUACCACAAGAUCGGUGUGGGGUCCAUGACCUGGUCUCCUCUAGCAUGUGGUCUAAUCACGGGAAAAUAUGCUGAGAGUAUUCCUGAAAAAUCUAGAGCAUCAUUUAAGGGAUACCACUGGCUGAAAGAAAAAGCUGCAAGUGACGAGGGGAGAAAGCAGCACUCCAAGGUGAAGGACCUGCACCCCAUCGCCGACCGCCUCAACUGCACCGUCACACAGCUGGCUAUUGCAUGGUGUCUGCGCAGCGAGGGCGUGAGCUCCGUGCUUCUGGGCGUCUCCAACUGCGAGCAGCUUCUUGAGAACUUGGGGUCUAUCCAGGUCCUGGCCCAUAUGACUCCUCAGAUAAUAGGCGAGAUUGACCAGAUUCUCGGCAAUAAACCCAACAUAAAGAAGGAUUCCCGUGCAUGAGGAGCCUCCGCUGGGCAUUCCGGAACCUUUACGUGUCCUUUACGCCUGGGGACGAGGGACAUGUGAAAUUAUGCUCGCCUGGUGCAUGGUCCACCCCCACUCUGGCAGUGCUGAGAGAGCGGGGAGGAGAACAUUUACCCAGCAAUAAGGGGAGGAAAAUCCGUUGCCUGCUUAGUACUAUGGGGUCAAUACAUGCAUUACUUUCAUGUCACCCUGCAAAGGGAGGGGCAGGAUUUAAAGACUUAAUUAUCGCAGUGGAAAGAGGUCACAGACUUGGAAAUGACAAUAAGUAGGAGCCAUACACAUCUGGGGCUCCCAUUAUCUGAGUCUCUGUGCCAUUGCCAAGGAGGGGGGACAGACUCGAACCUCCAUUCUGGUACCAUAUGAAACAAAGCUCCCUUCUAAAUGUCACCCUAUAGGGGGAGGGACAGACUUAUAGUUCAGUUCAAACUUUGUCUACUGUAGGGGAUGAGAUCAGGCUAAUACUGUAGCUCAGUAUCACCCUAUAGGGGGAGGACACAUAGCUAUCUUCUGUCUGUAUCACCCUAUAAGGAGAGCGGAACACUCAUAGCUCUCUUCUGUCUGUCUCACCCUAUAGGGGGAGGGACAAACCCGUGGCUCACUUCUGUCUGUCUCACCCGAUAGGUGGAGGGCACACUCAUAGAUAUUUUCUGUCUGUGUCACCCUAUAUGGCAAGGGGCACACUCAUAGCUCUUUUCUGUCUGUCUCACGCUACAUGGGAAGGGGCACACUCAUAGCUCUCUUCUGUCUGUGGUUGUCCUAUAGGGGGAUCGUCAGACUGAUAGCCCCCACCUGUCUUACCUAAUGGGGGCGGACUCAGCUCCCAUUUGUCUCUUACUGUCUCCCUCUAGAGGCAGGGCAGACUCAUUGCGCCUCUCUGUGUGGCGUUAUAUGUAGAAGUAGCAAAAGCCUCAGUCUUGUCACACUGUCUGCCAAUACUGAUAUCGCGCAUUUAUACCCUAGCUCCUGUGGGUAUUACAUAUCAUUAGUUGAACAUGUAGUUCCCCUUCAUGGCUAGGAAAAAAGGAAACACCACUCAACGUGGAUCUCAUCAGCGCUAAAAUGCAUGUUCACCAAUGCAGCGCCGUCACCAUAGGGAUUAGCCUGCAAUGCCUGUCAGCCAACCACGUGCUCGCUGGCUGUAGCAAAAUGAUCUGCUUGAGAGUGCAGGAACCUUAUUGGGAGGUCAAAGGACAACUCCCCGCGAUACGACGCCUCAGCCCCUCGCUAAUGAAACGGUGUAUACUGAACUGAAGUGAUGAGACGCAUAGUCCUGCAGGGUAUUUUGAAUAAUCCAUUCUACUAACUCCUACACCAAAAAGUCGUCUUCUGGCAUGUUCUCAGGAGACAGUGGGGUUGCUGCAUUGACGGACACUAUGGCGAUUGCAGCUGUGCAUGCUGAAGAUGUGCGAAAUGAUGCAAAUAACCCAGGGUACAAAGAUCCCCCGCGGAGCCAUCGCAAAGUUACAGCAGCUUCAGUAAGUCAAUGCACUGAAACGCCGGAGCCAUGCUGUACGGGGUUUGCAGAUGCAGCUAGCGACACCCCCCUGAAAAUGGCUGCAACACACUUGCGUUUAUGCCACCACUACCCCGUAAACACUCACAAACGGUGCCUGACUGUAAAUGACUCUGUAACGGUAAGCCUUGCGAGCGGCUUCGCUUUUGGACUUUGGCGCAUUUGAGGUGCGCAGCAUAUGCAUGCCCAAUUCCCUGAUAAUUGCUCAAUUGCGAAAACAUCGCCAUAGCGCCCGUCAAUCAAUCCGGCCCAGUGACAGGUCAUUGAUGUAACCUGUCACUCCACAUAAAGCUUAAAACCUCAAAAAUGGAAUUGUCUUAAUAACUGUGGUGGUCAAAUGGGCAGGUCCUACUGCCCCGCUCACAGGUCUAGUGGAAUUGCCCGUCUCUUCAGACAGAUUGCCCCUCUGUGGUGUACGUCCCCUCACACCCCUGCAUCUCAGGUCCCCAUUGCUACAUUUGUGGCCUCUGGAAAGGAGAGAGGCUGCCUUUAUUCCAAGUCGCUUAGGUAUGGAUCUUGUAAGUUGUACAUACAUUGGGUUACCUGCGCCAAUCUGAACGCAGUAGGGCUGUACGGGAUACUGGCUUUGGCAUGGAGUUCCGGCCAGGCGUGGUUAGGUUUUAAUGUUUCAUCUUAAUUCUUUAUUAAUGCUGAACCAAAUCCACGUCUGCUUUAUUAAUGCGAAGACAAGACUCUGUAGCUCCUCACAAUGACCGAGCUGGUGGUCGUAUGAGGAGGCCUACCAGGAGGGACAAAAAUAUAGUGAUAUGUAUAUUGUAUUGGCACUUUAAUGGGGUCAUAUAUAACGCAUGACCACUAUAGUGGACUAGUAUAUAUUCGUAUAACUGCCGUUGGUGCUGUAUAUCAUAUGGGCACUCUAGGGGGCUGAUAUAUAAUUGUAUGGCUAUGCUUCUUGGGCUCUAUAAAAUGGCCCAAUGGUCUGGAAAUAAUUAUAUGAACACUCUACUGGGUGGUGUAUAAUAUUCUACCCGCUGAUGUAUAAGCAUGUGGCCCUUCUGCCGGCUGGUGAAUAACCAUGUGCCCUUCUACUGGCUGGUAUAAAAUCACAUAGAUCUUCUACGGGCUGGUGUAAAACCAUGUGCCCUUCUACCAGCUGGUAUAAAAUCACGUGGCCCUUCUGCCGGCUGGUAUAUAUUAACAUCUACCCUUCUGCCGUCUGGCAUAAAAUUAUGUGGCCCUUCUGCCGGCUGGUGUUUAGCGUUUUCAGAUCCUAAAUGCAACAAGGAUGCUUUUAUAAUCACCUUUUCUUCACCUAACGCAAAGUCCACAUGCUGAAUUAGACUGGCACGCGUCGUCAUACUACAGCCACCAGCAUGUGGCAGGUAAAGGUAGUAUAAAGGAAAGCGAUAGAAUAAAAAAAGGAUGUAAAUCUUGUAUUGUCUUUCUAGAAAUUUUGUAGUGUCGGUGGCACUUUAAAGCCGAGCUGCCACCUGGUGCCCUGGGGUCUUAGUGCAUUUUUCCCGGCCAAUCAAAAAGGCUUAUAGCAUGAUAUAAGUGUAACCUGGCUGCGGAUUUUAGAGCUUAAUUGCGUCUAACUCUACAUUAGCUCCCACCCAUCCUCCCCCAUUUGCUCUCUCUCUCUCCAUAAUAUCUUUAUAUAUUCAGGUGAUAUUAUAGGGCUUUUAGGGGUUGACGAAAAUAUGCUUACCCCAAUUUAUAUUAGUGAUCUCACAGGUUAAAGAAUGCAACCUUAUACGAUUAUUGUGUCUUUGUACCACUUAGAAGUCAGGGAUAGUAUUGAAUUUACACCUUGACACCACUUAUUACAUAGGCAAAUUUAAAUGUAAAACCAGAGAUGUAAUACACUACUUUAAGCACAAGAUGGCAGCAAAUACAAGCCAAUGAAUAGACCAGGGUUGUUUUUAGAACAUGUGGUUAAAGAAAAUCCUACUUUGUGUUAAGUGCUGUUGAAAACGUCUAUCACUGAGUCAGGGGGGAAAUCUUGUGGCCACAAAGUGAGACCUAAUAUACAGAACUGACAGCAGGGAAUUAGGCUCUACCUAUUCGCAUAGUAUUAUGUAGCUGCUCUGCGCAUUAAGAGCUGCUUUAUUUAGAAGCCCAAUUAUAUCAGGGAUCACAACUUGCACAGAAGUCAGAAUUGUCCUUUAAACAGAUUAAAAAAACAGGAAGGAAUUGUACUCUCAUUUUAUUCCGAAUUCAUCCCUAUGCAAAGUCUUAUGGCGUAGAGUUAUCUAAUUGCAGCCGGCAAACUCUAUGAUUUAAUGGGCUAUUAAGUGCACUGCUAGGCGUUUGUAUGUGGACCUGCCGCAUGAAGCAAUAAAAAAUUUGGACUAGUCCGACUAACGCAGAGUAAUGAGCAACUUCAUCAGCCAGAAUGUACAACAUCGUGUAAUAGGAAGCCAGAAACUCCAUUGCUGAAGCGUGCUUAUAAUACAAUAAAUAAACGGAGAAUUCUGAUUAAAGAGAAAUGUUACAAUG